UUGUGGUUAGUUACAUUCGUGACUUCUCUUUGCAUUACCUCUUUCCUCUUUCUUCUCUUCUAUUUUAUUCUUCUAUAUUUUAUCUCGAUCGUAUUCGCUUGUAAUCGCCCAGCAGCCGUCACUAGCCUUAUUGAGAAACUGAUUUCAUUUCGUCGAUCGAAGGAUCUUUUCCCUAUUACAAUUAGUCAAGACUGUGAUGACGUAGCUGUACAACGCGCCGUAGCCAGCUUUCGAGAAAACGUUAACUACAUCAAGCAUAAAAGUGCUCAACAGGAAGGGAUUACUGUACCUAGUGUACACAGUCGGUAUUCUACGUAUUACUAUAUUGCAAGGCACUAUAAACUAGCUUUGGAGCAUGUGUUCGACGUGCUUGGAUACAACACUGUCAUUUUAUUGGAGGAUGAUCUUGAUGUUUCGGCUGACUUUUUCGAAUAUUUUUCGGCUACGCGUUAUCUCUUGGAGAUCGAUGAGAAACUCUGGUGUGUCUCGGCGUGGAAUGAUAACGGGAAGAAUGGAAGCAUUGAUCUGUCUGCUAAUUCGUUGUUGUAUCGUAGCGAUUUUUUUUCUGGGCUAGGAUGGAUGAUGACGAGAAACUUGUGGAAAGAGCUGGGGCCAAAGUGGCCUUCCGGAUUUUGGGAUGACUGGUUGCGAGAACCUGAGAUCCGCAAUGGUCGCCAAUGCAUUCGUCCAGAGAUUAGUCGCACAAAAAUGACAUUAUUCGGUAAAGCAGGAGCAAGCAAGGGCCUUUUUUUCGACAAACACCUUGCGAAGGUGGUUUUGAAUACAGCACCUGUCGUAUUUACAUCUAUGAAUCUUGACUAUCUCCUUAACGUCAGUUUUUUUUCUGCGCUUUUUUUAACCGUGCAAGUCAUCUAUGUUUGUCUGCUUUCAGCCAAGGCAGGAGUGCCUCGUACCGCAUAUCAGGGAAUAGUUUCUUGUUUCAUGAAUGGCGUUAGAAUAUUUCUAGUUCCCAAUAGGGAUUAUGUGAAAGAGUACGAUAAGCGCUGGAACGUGCCUGCGAAUUACGAUAUGUGA